UGGCUAUUUAGUUGAAAUUAGUUUUAGGAGCCAUGAUAGGAACUAUCACUCAUGACCCGUCAAGUGGUUUGAUCUCGGGGGCCCAUCAGCUGUUACCUCCCGCCAAAUCAAAUUGGUGUUUUGACAAUUUGAAUAUAACGGUCUGAAUGUUUACACCAUUUCCAGAACAAUGCCUUUCAGAAGAUUGCACACCACUUGUUCACGUUUGAUGGUUAACGAACCGGCGAGCAAUUUCAAAGCAGAAUUGCCACGCAGUAAGCAUCCCAAAUUGCCCGGAGGUAAACCACCGGCGAAGGCGUCAAAAGUCAGUAGCUCAGAUAUAGUGCAAUGGAACAGGUCCGUCACUCAAUACAUGCGGGAAGGAGAAUUAGAUUCCGCUUUGAGGUUAUUCAACUCCAUGCCUGUCAAGUCAUGUGUAUCCUGGAACGCAAUGAUUUCUGGGUACUUGUUGAAUGGCAAAUUGGAUCUCGCUCAGAAGGUGUUUGAUGAAAUGCCUCAAAGAGACUUGGUAUCUUGGAACAUUAUGCUUAGUGGGUAUAUCAAGAAUAAGAAUUUUGGGGCAGCUAGGAUUUUGUUUGAUCAAAUGCCUGUUAAAGAUGUAGUGUCGUGGAACGCGAUGCUUUCUGGGUAUGCACAGAAUGGGUAUGUUGAUGAUGCUAGAAGGAUCUUUCAGAUGAUUCCUGUGAAGAAUGAGAUCUCUUGGAAUGGACUUCUCGCUAUGUAUGUUCAGAAUGGGAGGAUUGAGGAAGCGAGGAAAUUGUUUGGGUCGAAAGAUGAUUGGCCGUUGGUUUCUUGGAAUUGCUUGUUGGGUGGGUAUUUGAAAAAGAGGAUGUUGGCUGAGGCAAGAAUUAUUUUUGAUAGAAUGCCGGUGAAGGAUCAGGUCUCGUGGAACACAAUAAUUUCUUGUUAUGCCCAGAAUGAUGAUUUGGAGGAAGCGAGGAAGUUAUUCGAUGAGUCCCCUAUUAAAGAUGUGUUUACAUGGACUUCGGUGCUUUCUGGUUAUGUACAGAAUCGGAUGGUAGAUGAGGCCAGGAGGAUCUUCAAUGAGAUGCCAGAGAAGAAUGAGGUUUCAUGGAAUGCAAUGAUUGCAGGAUAUGUGCAGUCUAAAAGGAUGGACUUGGCGAGGGAAUUAUUUGGGGCAAUGCCUUGUAAAAACAUCAGCUCUUGGAAUACAAUGAUAACAGGUUAUGCUCAAAAUGGAGAUAUAACUCAUGCUAGAAAUUUGUUUGAUCGUAUGCCUAAUCGUGAUUGCAUCUCUUGGGCAGCAAUUAUUGCUGGGUAUGCUCAAUGUGGCGAUAGUGAGGAGGCAUUGCGCAUGUUUGUUCAAAUGAAGAGAGAUGGUGGGAGGAUAAAUAGGUCGGCAUUUACUUGCGUUUUGAGUACAUCUGCUGAUGUUGCUGCAUUCGAGUUUGGAAAGCAAAUACAUGGAAGACUUAUCAAGGCUGGAUAUCAUACCGGGUGCUAUGUUGGAAAUGCACUCCUAUCAAUGUACUGUAAGUGUGGAAGUAUUGACGAGGCAUAUGACGUGUUCGAGGAAAUAGCGGAAAAGGAUGCUGUCUCUUGGAACACAAUGAUCAUCGGUUAUGCAAGGCAUGGUUUUGGCAAACAAGCUCUUAGACAAUUCGAAUCAAUGAAAGAAGCGGGUAUCAGACCUGACGAUGUUACCAUGGUUGGUGUAUUAUCUGCUUGUGGCCAUACUGGCUUGGUUGACAAGGGCAUGGAACACUUUUACUCGAUGGGUCGAGAUUAUGGAAUAGCUACAAAUCCCAGGCACUAUACUUGCAUGAUUGACCUUCUGGGUCGAGCUGGGCGACUGGAGGAUGCUCAAAAUCUAAUGAAGGAGAUGCCUUGUGAGCCAGAUGCUGCAACUUGGGGUGCUCUCCUAGGGGCAAGUAGGAUUCACGGAAACACUGAAUUAGGAGAAAAGGCUGCUGAAAUGAUUUUCAGAUUAGAGCCUUGGAAUGCAGGGAUGUAUGUCCUUCUCUCAAAUUUAUAUGCCUCUUCUGGCAGAUGGCGUGAUGUUAGCAAGAUGAGAUUAAAAAUGAGGGAUACAGGUGUAAGGAAAAUGCCUGGUUACAGCUGGGUUGAGGUGCAAAAUCAGAUACAUCUUUUUUCAGUUGGGGAUACCAUGCAUCCAGACAGCAAGAGGAUAUAUGCUUUCUUGGAAGAGUUAGAAUUACUUAUGAAGCUGGAGGGUUAUGUCUCUGCCACGAAAUUGGUCCUGCAUGAUGUGGAUGAAGAGGAGAAAUCGCACAUGCUCAAGUAUCAUAGUGAAAAAUUAGCCGUUGCCUUUGCAAUUCUAAAUGUACCAUCUGGGAGACCAAUUCGGGUGAUGAAAAAUUUAAGGGUUUGUGGAGAUUGUCAUACUGCAAUCAAACUCAUAUCAAAGAUUGUGGGUAGAUUGAUUAUUGUUCGGGACAGUAACCGUUUUCAUCACUUCAGUGAAGGUGUUUGUACCUGUGGAGACUAUUGGUAGUACUAGAGUGUGAAAGUUACCAAUUAGAUCUCAGCCGCUGUAAUAUUUAGCUAUUGUGCUGGCCAUCUCCAUAGCUGUUGAGGAUUUCCUCUAGUUAUUGUAUACAGGGAAGAAAAGCAGAAACACUUGCUUUUAGUUCUUCCUCUAUCCAGGAUAGAUGAAAAACUUUUAUCAGAAGCAUCAGCACAGAAGAGGGAUAAGUGGAUAACCCCUUUCUCGGUGUUUGGUGAAUUCGGUGCGUAUAAUCUGUGAUCUCCUCGUAGACGUUGUUAAAAAAGGAGAUAUGCUGAGAUAUAGCCCAUAAUCCUUGCACUUAAAGCACCAUAGAACAAAGUAGGAGUAAUACUUUACUUAAGUUUAUCAGAUCUGAUAGUCGUUAGUCAGAAUAGAGUCGGCUUAAUUUGUGCGAGGGGUUUAGCAGUUGUGCCUCUAAAGUAAGUCAAUAUCACUUCAGGAGUACUUUGGUCCUCUAUUCUCUUCGAGAGUUUCUCGACUGGCUCAGUCUACCUGUCUGGCCCAAAUGCAUGACAGUGACUGUUUGUUGGGUAUUAUAAACCAUAAAUCUGCUCUACACUAAGCUCACUGACUGAUUUCCUGCUUCCUUGAGCCCCACUAGUUAAGCGGUAAUGAUGGUGAAACUCUCCUCAAAAUUUGCUUACUACCAGAACUUAUGACAUCUAAGAUUAUCUUGGCCCUAAGUUAACCUCAUCUGCAGACUGCAGCCACAAGAAAAGUAAUAUACAUCUUUUCUAGAUAUGGCGAUGAGCACAUGUAUUGAAUGACCAGAUAAUCACCAAAAUCAGUUGUAGUUGGUACUGGUGACCUUCUGAGUUCUGAGAGCAAAUGGAAGAAAGGAGUUACAAUUCCACAGGCUGAACAGAAUGGUUGAAAAAGACACAUUGCCUGAAGGUAGAAAAUACUUUGAUCAGUUAAGUGGAUCCAAUGGGAAGUUUUUGGGUAUGGAUGUGAACGGCUAUCUGCUCCAGACACUUUUGUCAUUCCACUCAGAGGAGUGAUAAUUUAUCCUGACAUAGUAAGGUGGGAUAGUAAGCAAGUGAUGCAGGGGUAGACCAACUCUACAAUAUAACAAGAGACAAUCAAGAUGUAUUUAUCUAGUUCUGGGAUCUCCGCUCAGCAUUCAAUUACUAGGCACUAUCUCAACAUUUGUAUAAGUUCAACACAACACUUCUUCGUGUAUAUUUUCACUCAAGCCAUGAAAGGUACAAUCCAAGAAGAUCGUUAACACACUGGAGAGAGAGGGAUACCAUAUAGCAUUAAUACCAGACCGAGGCAGUGAGCAUAAAGAACUCCCUACAGCCUUCAGUGGAAUUUCUCGAGCAUUUGGAGGCCAGAGGCUUAAUAUACUAAACUGUUGAUGCACCAUACAGUUGGACACAGGCAGGUUAUACAGGUACUCUUGAAGUUGAUUCUUGUACAUCACUUGUGCCGGGGGAACUGCAAAAGAAAUUAUACCAUUAGUAUUAUGAUUGAAUACAAAAAGUGCAAGAAAAUAAUGGUGAAUGAGAAGGGUCAUACUGGGAGUAAAUUUGGAGAACUCCAUUUGCAGAAGAUGCAAUUCUUUUAGAAACUAAAAAUGGAGUCUUGAAGUAUUAGCCCCUUUAUGGCUUUGUACAAACUACACACACUUACUUUGCAUGGGAAAUACGAAGGAGAAUCAUUUUGUACAAUAACACUACCUUUUCUCUUUAUUUCUAGAGGUGUACAUUUGGGUAACAAAAGAGUUUUAUUGUACAAUUAAU